GUUUCGACGAGCGGAGGUGCGCUGCAAUCCAGCGAAAGGAGGGAUAGUGAUAGUCAAAAGUGUAAAUCACCUGUACGUGAGCGAUCUGGCUCAAGAAACGAUGUUCAACCAUCAUUCGCUGGCCUUUACACCCAUAGCAAUUCCUCUACUUCAAGUCUCAGUAAAAAGAAAAUCAAGGUCGACAGGAUUGUUGAGAUUGGUAAACCUACAGGUUUUGAACAUGGAAUCCAUGUAGAGUAUAAUAACGAAAGUGGCAAAUAUUUGGGCCUACCUGAUGUUUGGGUAAAUGAUAUGGUACAGAGUGAUGAGGUUCUAAAUACAAAGUACCUAAAUCCUAAUCUUGUUCCAAGCCCAAGUACUCCCG